GGCAAAUGGGUAUGAGGUCAGUGGUUCGAAACUUGGUGGACACAGAACUUGACUUCGUGUUUCGCGUUCCUGCUUGUUCCGUUUUUUGCGCAGGAAAAGAGCUCUCUGGAGCUCUGCAGCUAUGGCGACUGCUGGGGUCUUGCCUGCGGCAAAGUUAACCAGGAGCGAUGGCGGUCUGGGUUUGAGUGGCCUAUUCUUGACCUCUUGCAGGGAUGGCAAAUAUGGGCGGGAUGGAUUUCAUCCCAGUGGUUCGAACUCGUCAACAUCAACAUCAACAUCGACAUCAAGAUCAAAGGGGCUGAUCCAGAUCGCCCCACUGUUGUCCUCCUCCUCCUCUUGUUGCUCCUCCUACUCCUACUCCUACUCCUGCCCCUCCUACUCCUACUCCUACUCCUGCCCCUCCUACUCCUGCUUCUCGUACUCCUUCGCCUACUCCUCCCCGCUCUCCCGCAGAUGCAGAGAGACACGAACUCGGGUUUCGACUGUCCUGUCAAGCCCAAGGGAUCUGGCUUCAUGCUUCGUCUGCUUCAGACGGUCAGAUGGGGACAUGAAUGUGGACGUGAAUGUGGACAAGUUCUCCACCGCGGGAUGUAGAAGACAAUGGCGAUGGUGUGACCUAUCUCGACUCCAAUCUGGAGCAGCGGCUAUGUCGUCAUUGCGAAGCCAAGCAGGCUUGACCAAGGGAGAGAGAGGAAGAGGAGGAGGAGGAAGAGGAGGAGGAGGAGGAGGAGGAGGAAAAAGUGGUGGGAGACGAAGAAGAAUUGUGGCUAUGGCGGUGAUGGACCGGUUCAGCAUGGAGAGGAUGAUAAAGGUUGGGCCAGCUGCUGGGAUGGGUGCGCGGGCGAGCAUCAGGGAAAAGGACAAUGCAAGGGUGGAUGCCAGCUCUGCCGUGGCCGUACGGACAGGGUUUGUGAAUGUCUGCGCUGGCCAGUCUAGAGCCAGGCAAGCACGUGUACACGCAAUUGGGUUGGACCGAUCAGGAAAACAGUGCAUAGCCUUGAAUCUAUGCGCCCCCUCUGAGGAAGCAUGGGGCUGGCAAAUACACUGGCGAGCUCUUUCACUGCUGCUGGGCUUUAGGAGGUCAUCGUCAUCAUCAUCGGUCUCCAUCCUGCACCCACACUUGUAUCAAGUCUCAGAUCCCAAGUUUCUGGAGCCUUCUACAAAGUCAACUUCUCCUGGUGUCACAUUUUUUCUCUCAUGGCAGUUGAAUCGUCGGCAUGGUGGUGUAAAUACGGUGUACAGGCCGAUGAUCGCUGUGAAUGGUGGCGCUGGAGGUGGAGACAGAAGCCUGCUUGCUCAUGCUUUGCCAAAGUGGGAAAGUGGGGGGUUGACCUCAGGUAGCCUGGAUCGGGGCCCUAAGCAUGGGAGCUUCUGUCUAAGUGGAGGGGUAGAAAUGAUGCUUACAGAAGAUGAAUGCACUAAUCUCAGCCCCCAGAUCUCAAGUUCGAGGGUUGGUCUGAUGCCUGGCGCUAUAGGUGGGGGGCUUAAUCAGGUGGAGAGGAAGAAUCAAGGAGAAGGGGGAUUAUCUGUUGUUGUCAAGAGUGGGAAACGAGGGUCUGACGACUUUGAACUGGCAUGUUUGCCGGAUGGGAACAUCCUAAACAGGGAUGAUGAGCUGUCUGAAAAUGGUCCUGGACACUUUCCCAGCAAGCAUAAGGAUAAGGAUGAGGGUACUGCCUCCAGAUCCAACCACAGUGGGGACUCGUCAACUUAUGAAAGGGGAGGAUUGCGAUUGAGAGAGACCUUACCAGUGGGUGAUGAUGAUCAGGAGCGGGGGAUUAAGAAAAGGACGAGUGACAAGCAAGAACAUGCCCACGCAAGGAAGACGGGAAAUGCUCGAGUUCGGCGCAAAGGUCGUCUGAAAGGGGGUCAAUGGUUGGCAGCAUCAAGGCAACGUACUGGGAAAGAUGGGGCGGAGAGAGAAGUGCGGUAUGCGCGGCAAACGAAGGAAUAUAGCCCUAUUGUUGAGGAAGUGCUGCUGAAGGCUAGAAAAUAUCCAGUUCGGGACAUACUUGCGAAGCUGGGUAGGCAACUGUCACAGUCUCAGGCGAUGGACAUCCUCAAGGAGUUUCAGAGGACACACAAUUGGCACUGCACUUUACAGGUGUUUGAGUGGAUGAAGAAACAGCCUUGGCAUCGACCGAAUGCACGAACAUACACCAGCUUGAUUGGGUUCAUGGGCCGCGAAGGAAAGAUAGAGCUAGCGGUGAGACUCUUUGAGGACAUGCUUGCUGCCAACUGUGAGCCUGAUCAUUACACUUACACUGCUCUUAUCAACGGUUACGGGAAGAGUAGAAUGUUUGCCGAAGCCCUGGCAGUGUUCGAGCACAUGAAAGAGAGUGCACCUGGCUGCAACCCCAAUACUGUGACUUGCAAUGCACUCAUUGAUGCUCUCUGCAAGGGCGGACGGUAUGACGAAGCGGAGUCCAUUUUCUGGGACAUGAGGAAAGGAAAAGGAGGGCUGGGUCCCCACUGUGCUCCAAACGCAGUGACAUACAACACUAUCAUCCGGGCAUUAUGUAAUGAGGGACAGAUCAAGGCUGCCGUCGCGAUGUUGGAAGAGAUGAAACAAGGUGAACUGGGGGGAGAGGACUGUCAACCAAAUGUGGUGACGUACAACAUACUGGUUGACGCGUGUGGCAAAGCUGGGAUGCACGACAAGGCUCAGCAAUUGUUUGACGACAUGAAGCAGCGUGGCCUUCAGCCCGACCAGAUCACUUACACUGCUCUGCUGGAUGCAUACGGAAAGGCGGGCAUCCAUGAACAGGCCGAAAGGACGUUCAAAGAAAUGCAAUCUGCUGCAUGUGUAAUGGACGUGCUGGUGUACACAGCCUUGAUAGACGCAUAUGGAAAGUCUGGCUUUCAUGAACGUGCGGAGGACCUCUUCUUCAAGAUGGAGGUGGCUGGUAUACAGCCCAACAAGGUAACAUAUCUCUCGAUGAUUGAUGCGUAUGGAAAAGCUGGAUUACAUGCGAAGGCUGAGCAAAUUUUCAAGAGCAUGCAGGAUGCCGGAUUUGAGCCGACGCUGUUGACCUACAGCUCAUUGAUAAACGCAUAUGGAAAAGCCGGGCUUUAUCGUGAGGCGGCAACAAUAUUCUGCAACAUGCAGUCGGCCGGUUGCCAGCCAAACCUCAUCACAUACGCAGCCCUUUUGUCGGCAUGUGGGCGCGAUCCGGAUUGGGAAAAGGCGAUGACGGUGAUGGAUGCGCUGCUGCACUCGGGUCAAGAAAUCGAGCUAGCACUUUGCUCACUUAUCAUAGGAAUACCGAAAUGGAGGGAUUAUGACGAGGUUGACGAGGAUGAGGAAAAUGAAAAGGAGAAGGACACUGGGGUAUGGAAACGAGCGGAGAAGAUGUUCUCUAUCGUUCGCGGCCAUAGUGUCAUGGCGAAGCGCUCCUUCUUCAAUGCUCUGAUAGAUGUACUUUGGUUCUUUAAACUCCGGGGAAGAGCAAAGAGGGUGCUGGCAGCAGCACGGGAGAUUGGUGCCUAUCCAGAAGACUGUUGUGUUUUUGGAGACGAUGUGUGGACGCUUGACCUCCACAAGCUGUCAAUAGGGGCGGCGCUGACUUUACUCAUGACGUGGAUGGCAGAACUGCAGCUGGCGCUAGAGUGGGGUGCAGAAGUGCCGAAUACAGUCCGAGUGAUCACGGGAUGGGGGCGUCAUAGCCGAUCGGGAGAGUCAGCGGUCAAAGUAGCAGUGGAGGAAUGUGUUUCAGAGUUGGGGUUACCCUUCAGAGUUAUCAGGGGCAAUGAGGGAUCCUUUCUGGCAUCGGGGAAAGCUCUUCACAAGUGGCUUUUAUCGGACAAGGCAGCAAGCGCAUUGAUCCUGCAGGAUGAAGAGAUUGCAAUGCCACGGAAAGGGUACAAUGCUGACAGGGGUAUGGUUGAGAGUUCGGAAGAUGAAAGCGGGUGAGAAUUGUAAACAGUGACUCAGCAGCCAGAUCGGCAGUUGUCAUUGUCUUCCGCCAUCCAAAGGUCUUUUUAGCUGCAGGAAGGGUGGAUGACCGAUGAGGCUGAAGGACAACCAGUGAGGACAACAAAACGUUUCCUACGUG